UUCAGGUAGCAGCUUGACGCACACACGAUGGGGUGCUUGAAGAAGCUCUUUCUCACCGUCACGCUUGUGGCCACCGUGGGCUGCGCGGCGUUGCUCAUCCUUUGGAUGUGGCUGGGUCUAGAGCUCAUUCCAAAUCAAAUACGCGAUCCGCGGCUAAUCGAAGGCCUAUCGUUUGAUUACAUUAUCGUUGGUGCCGGAACUGCCGGUUGCGUGCUGGCCAAUCGCUUGUCCAGCGAACCCAACGUAUCCGUGCUGCUCAUCGAAGCCGGCGGUACGUUUGGUGCCGCUUCGAUCGUCCCGCUCUUGAGUACCGCUAUGCAAGGCACCAAGUACGAUUGGUCAUUUCGGACCACACCACAAAAGUACUCCUCGUACGGUCUAGGGGACCAGCAACAACUAUUGCCGCGUGGCAAAGGAUUAGGCGGAUCGGGGCAGCUGAACUACAUGCUUCACUUUACUGGCAUACCGAGCGAUUUCGAUCGAUGGGAGCAGCUGGGAGCCAUCGAUUGGAGCUGGGAGGCAAUGAAGCCGUAUCUGGACCAGUUGUGGCAAUGGCGACGUGCCGAAAAGAACGAACCUGCCCAGGACGGUAUGAAUGAGUGUAUGAUGCGGGAGUUAACGUCGGAUGAGCUGUACGAGCCUAAACAGCAUUACACUCCAAUGCUGCCAGAGAGCGACGACGGAGUGUCGAUAACGUUUUGCCAACAAAAACAAGCGCAUCGGAAACCCCGAACCGACGAUGUCGCCCUACACGUGACGGAAGUAAACCCCAACGAGUCACUCCUGGCAAAGGUGUUCACCGAAGCACCGGCUGAGCUCGGCAGGGAUUACGUUUUCGAGCCUGCCAGAUACACGAUUCGUAAUGGCAUCCGUUGGAGCAGCUAUCACGCCCACCUGCGGACCGCCUUUGGCCGUCCGAAUCUCACUAUUCUCACGUCGACCACCGUUGCCAAGGUACUGUUCGACGAGACGACCAAGCAAACCAAGGGCUUAGUGUUGCAAACGAGCGGAUCAGAGUUGUCGCGCCCGGUCGUGGUCAGUGUGCGGCGCGAAGUCAUCCUUAGUGCCGGCGCACUGCAAACACCGCAGCUUCUUAAGCUGUCCGGCAUCGGACCGAAACUGGAGCUUCAGCGGCACGGGAUCGGAGUGGUGCACGAUUCGCCCUCCGUUGGUCUCAACUAUUUCGACCAUCUGAAUCUGCCACUGUUUGUGACGAUCAAUGUGACCGCGAGCGUGACGGUGGACAAAGUUCUGUCGAUCGAUUCGAUCGUACAAUAUCUGCGCCACGGUAAAGGUGUUUUAGCCACGACGGCCAUCGCGGGCAUCGGUGGACAGCGUGGUGGCCGCCAUGGAGUGAUCCUGUUCGGUAUGGGCAGCGUCGACGAGCAGGCCCUGCGCCACGUGUCGAACAUGAAGCAGGAAACGUUCCGGGCAUUUUUCCCGUUUUACCGCAACGCCAGCCAGGAAGGGUUCCUGUUUCUGAGCACCUGCCACCAGCCACGGAGCCGGGGAGCGAUCUUUCUGCGCGAUCGUCACAUCACCAGUGAUCCGUUCUUCAAUCCAAACUAUCUAAAGGAUCGCGCCGACAUCGAGUGUAUGAUGGAGGCGAUCCGUCUCGCUGCCCGGACCGUUGCCACGGACGCGUUCCGCAAGAUUGGGGCCCAACUGCACUGGCCGCGUAUCAAGCGGUGCGCUAACUUUGGCCCGCCGGAAGGCGAUUCCGGAGUGGCACCCUCGGAUCGGUAUCUGGAAUGUAUUUUGAGGACGUCGGCCCUCACGGGGCACCACCCGGGAGGAACGGCUGCCAUUGGGCGCUCUUCGGAGGCGGUCGUGGACAAUCAGCUACGGGUCAACGGGGUGAAAGGGUUGCGCGUCGUUGAUGCAAGUGUAUUUCCGUCGCCCGUAUCCGGAACACCCAACUCGGUCGUAAUAGCCGUCGCUGAGAGAGCAAGUGCUUUAAUACGGGCGGGUAACAACUGAUCAUCCAU